AUCGUGCAGAAUGCCAGACAAACCGUCAAACGACGUGUCUCCGUCCCAGCCCCCCAGCAACCUCGUCUCGACCUCGCUUGCCUCUGCGUCUUCACUCGUCCUGCUCCAGCUGCUCUCCAGGGUAUUCACUUUCGUCCUCAACCAGGCUCUCGUUCGGCUCGUGACUCCCCAAGUAUUCGGCACAGCGUCGAUACAGUUCGAACUCCUUCUCUCUACUAUCCUCUUCCUAUCCAGAGAAGGCGUCCGCAAUGCCCUCCUUCGCUCGACGGCGAACAAAGCGCAACCCAGGCAGUCCGCCCUCACGUACAACAUCUCCCUGUUACCAGUACUCCUCGGUAUACCAGUAGCUGUCACGACUGUCUGCAUAUAUCUGUUUUCGAGCUCUUCCACGACCUCGUCGCAGCCUCGCUUCCACCUCAGUGCGAUCAUCUACGCGCUGGCCGCGUUCUUCGAGCUGCUCUCAGAGCCCUUGUAUAUCCGCGCUCAGAAUGAGCUUCGCUUCGAUGUUCGUGUGAGAACGGAAGGUUCGGCCGUGCUCAUGAAGACCGUGGUCACUUUCCUUACUCUCGUGGCGCUGUCGCCAGAGUGGGCUCUAGCUGCGUUCGCCGCCGGACAAGCAGCAUAUGGCCUUACGAUGCUGGUAGGAUUUUUCAGAGCGUAUGAGUUCAAAGCGCGGUACUGGCCGGAGAAGGUUGUGACCGAGGUGCAUGGCAAGUGAGUGUCCUGUCUCG